AUGUUAAGCUCUGGUCCUAAUCGAUGGCGUGAUAGUAUUCUUCCCAGAAAAAUUCUAUUUGAUGUUUGUAAACGUAAUAAUUUGCCAGCGCCAGUAAUAACAGGCGAAGAUACCAUGAAAAUCGGUGACAAUAUAUUCCAUCUUGCCGAUUUUGAACAUGGCAAACAUUUGUCAGUUCAUGUUGGUAUUCCUAUCGAACGUUUAGCUUUAUAUGUUUUACACAAAUUACGUUUAUGUCCGGAACACGUUGAAACUCGACCGCUCUAUAAUCUGUUGCAACCAGAAAUCGAACAAGGACGUUUGGAAUUAUUUGUUGAUGUAUUUCCAAAAUCGCAAGGACCACCCGGUUUACCACUUGUAAUACAGCCAAGACAGCCAAAACCUUUUGUAUUACGUUGUAUUAUUUGGAAUACAAGUGACGUUAUUUUACAAGAUGUAUCAAUAAUGGGUGAAAAGAUGUCUGAUAUUUAUGUGAAAGGAUGGCUAAGUGGAUUAGAAGAGGAUACACAAAAAACUGAUAUACAUUAUAGAUCAUUGGACGGUUCCGGAAAUUUUAAUUGGCGCUUUGUUUUUAAUUUUGAAUAUAUUCCUACCGAGCGCUCUAUUGCAAUAAGGAAAAAGGAACAUUACUGGAGUAUUGACACAACUGAAACAAAGCAGCAACCAGUAUUAAACUUACAAAUAUGGGAUAACGAUAAAUUUAGUGCUGAUGAUUUUUUGGGUUUCCUUAUGCUUGAUUUAAAUCGGCUAACUAAACCGGCUAAAGAUGCUGACUAUUGUAAACUGAGUAUCUUAGAUCAUCACAAAAACAGCACAGCUAAUUUAUUUGAAAUGAAACGCGUAAAAGGUUGGUGGCCUUGUAUCGAUGUAGACGAACAUGGUGAACAAAUACUAACAGGCAAAGUGGAAUUAGAACUUGAAGUAGUAACAGAAGAAGAAGCCCAAGCACGACCGGCUGGCAAAGCACGUGGAGAGCCCAAUGAAAAUCCCACUUUGCAACCACCAAAACGUCCCGAAACUUCAUUUGAUUUCAUUUCAUCACCAUGGAAAACAUGGAAGCAUGUCAUCUGGAAAAAAUCAAAAUGGUAUACAAUUGCUGUUCUCUGUAUUGUGAUUGUUAUCUUAUUUAUAUUGAUAUCACUCUGGUCAAUUCCAGGUGCAUUGUGGACAAGCAUUUUGCGGGGUAAACCAACAAUUACUGUCUCAGACACCUCAAACAAAUUUCCUGCGUCGUUAUUCGAAAUUAACGAUAAAUCUACGCUGGAUCAUGCGCAUUCAUUCAAUGAUUUACCCGAAGAUGAAUGUCAAGAAAGCGAAGUUGAUGAACAAAUGGAAUCAGAGGAAGAAACGGAAGAAAAUGACGAACGGCUCUUGCACAAGUUCUCCCUUGAGUUUAUGGAAAAGGUGCUCGACUGCUACGAUAAAGUUGACGAACACGGGAAGCGAAAACGCAGAUGA